AUGGGCUUUUUCUUCAUAUUCCCAUUUUUACAGAAACAUGGUCGCCGUCGUGUUGCCGAUAGUAUAAGCAAAUCUCCGGCUCCAACAGCGCAGCAGUCGCCUGCAACAAAACUUUUGGCAGCGCUUAGUAAAGCCCAGGGGAAGGCAGCUCCUGAUUCGGCCGCGCCUUCACGACACCCUGGUCAAAAUCAGAAGUCCAAGAACGAGACUACAACAAGGCAAAAAGCGGACUCGAGGAAAAAAGCCAGUACUUCUCAAAAUCAGAAUCCCCCACCAGUAGUCAAUCGCGGGGUCGAAAAUUUGGGCAGUGUCGGUGCAAGAAUGAGUCGAAAUCAGGUAACAGUGGAUGAUGCAGGACCAUCAACGUCAAAUUCGCGAAAAAUACGAGAUAUCAGUUAUACUCUAAAUCAUCCCACAACAGAAUCUUAUAAUUUGUGGGCAGCCAGUCCGACUAAAGCAACUCCAUCGGCUCCGAAAAUUCCAUCCGAAGUGCUUCAGGACCUCUCAUUUCGGUUUUUGGCAAAUAUUCCAGAUGAGGAGAAAUCAGACAAGGUCCGUAUGUGCUUCCAAGUGGAAUUAGCGCAUUGGUUUUACAUUGACUUUUAUUGCAAACAAGAGGAAAGAAAGGAUUGUGCCCAAAUGGGAAUGCGGGAAUUUGCCAGGCAAAUUUUUAAACAUUGUGACGAGUUGGCUCCUUAUGCAGCCCAUGUGGACCAGGUUAUUGACGAGUGGCGCUGGUACAAGUCAACGGUUCCGACUUAUGGAGCAAUCUUGCUAGAUGAAACACUAAAUCAUGUGCUUCUUGUGCAAGGUUUUUAUGCGAGCAAAAACAGCUGGGGUUUCCCCAAAGGAAAGGUCAACGAAGGCGAAGAGCCACGCAGUUGUGCUGUGCGCGAGGUUUUCGAAGAAACCGGAUUCAAUUUUGGCGACCAUCGUCCACGAGGUGGAGAAAAGAAACUGCAGAAAUUUCUCAAUGAAACUAUGGUGCGGUUGUACAUCGUGCCAGAUGUGCCUACUGACUUCCCAUUCGCGCCACAAACUCGGAACGAGAUCAGAAAAAUUCAGUGGUUCAACGUAUGGGAUCUUCCCACUGAUCGUAACGAUCAAGUUCAUCGAUUGGGAAACCUGUCCAAUCACAACUUCUAUACUGUUAUGCCAUUUGUGCAGGAUCUUCAGAAGUAUAUUAUGCGAGAACAGGAGAGAAGAGCGCUUGCUGCUGCCGAGAGUCAGAAAUUACGUUCCAAGAAUGUCAUGUUACCAACUUUUGGCGAAUCUCAUAGUAAAGCUUCUCAUAAUGUACCGUCGUCGGAUAUAUCGGCUGUGAUGGAUGCCCUCUUUUCUUCGUCAGUGUUCCCUAAUGCGCCAGGAGCAGCACCUCGUUACGAUUCUAGACGGUUGAUGUCAACCCAGCAAAUGCCAGUUCCGUCGCACGGUGAGCCCAUCUCGACGGCUCCUUCCAAUUCUACUAACUUAUCUUCACGAAUGCCACCUGCUCCUUAUGAUAUUCGCGAUUCCAUGCUUGACUCAAAAUCUUCACGAUUCCCUGCUGAAGCUUUGUCGAGUGCUCCACAAUCUAGUCAUUUCCGUCCACUGGAUCAAAGUCCAUUGAGUAGAAGCGUCAUGAACGUGCUUGCAGGUCCCACUAAUAACAUACCUCGAAGAUCUAUUGACAAGGGAGUGCCAACGAUAGCACAUCCUAUAGCAAUACCUGCGCAAGCCGCGCCUCCUCCUCUGAUCAAUCGCCCAGUCUAUGUCGCUCCGAAGGAGAAACAAGCAAGAAUCAGUCUCAGUGAGACGUCGGCAUUCACAGCAUUUAAAUCUCCGUCGAUGACCUCAUCCAUGGAAGUUCCAUCAGGAGCUGCUGACAAAAUUGAGAUCGAGUUGCACAAGCUACUUUGCGCUUCCUCCGACGGCGAGGGGUCGGUGAGAGUUGCUCACAGUGGAGAAGAGAAAACGCCAACUGGAUUCUUGGAUAGCAUGAGCCCAGAUACCGAUUUGGGAUCAGAGUUUGCAUACAUGACCGGGAUCAGCGGAGAUGCUAAUCACACAGGACUUGGAUACGUUCUUCCAUACGCACGUGCUGAUGGAUUUAUUGUGCAGCUCUGUGAUGCCUGGAAGGAUUUCAAGCUGGACAGAGCCGCCAUUUUCGCUGGACUUCCUGGAUUCGAAACAGUCCACUAG